AUGGGAUUUCCACACCGCUUCCUGCAAGUGCAGGACAAACACCAUGAUGCUGCUCAUGAAAUUAUUGAGACAAUUCGGUGGGUCUGUGAAGAAAUCCCAGAUCUCAAGCUUGCUAUGGAAAACUAUGUUUUAAUUGACUAUGAUACAAAAAGCUUUGAAAGCAUGCAGAGGCUUUGUGACAAGUACAACCGAGCCAUUGAUAGCAUUCAUCAGUUGUGGAAAGGAACCACCCAACCGAUGAAGCUGAACACUCGUCCCUCCAAUGGGCUCCUCCGGCACAUCCUGCAGCAAGUUUAUAACCACUCAGUGACUGAUCCAGAGAAACUCAACAACUAUGAGCCCUUUUCCCCAGAGGUUUAUGGAGAAACUUCCUUUGACUUAGUGGCCCAAAUGAUAGAUGAAAUUAAAAUGACAGAGGAUGAUCUGUUUGUUGACCUGGGCAGUGGUGUGGGUCAGGUGGUGCUUCAAGUGGCUGCAGCCACAAACUGCAAACAUCACUACGGGGUGGAGAAAGCUGAUAUUCCAGCCAAAUAUGCUGAGACGAUGGACAGAGAGUUCAGAAAGUGGAUGAAAUGGUAUGGGAAAAAACAUGCAGAAUACACACUGGAAAGAGGUGACUUCCUCUCAGAAGAAUGGAGAGAGAGAAUUGCAAACACAAGUGUUAUUUUUGUGAAUAACUUUGCCUUUGGUCCUGAGGUGGAUCACCAGCUGAAGGAGCGAUUUGCGAACAUGAAGGAAGGUGGGAGAAUUGUGUCCUCAAAACCUUUUGCACCUCUAAAUUUUAGAAUUAACAGUCGAAACUUGAGUGAUAUUGGCACUAUCAUGAGAGUUGUGGAGCUAUCACCACUGAAAGGGUCUGUGUCCUGGACCGGGAAACCAGUUUCUUACUACCUGCACACUAUUGACAGAACCAUACUUGAAAACUAUUUUUCUAGUCUCAAAAAUCCAAAACUCAGGGAGGAACAAGAGGCAGCUAGACGUCGGCAGCAAAGAGAGAACAAGAGCAACACAACUACUCCAACAAAGGUUCAAGAGAACAAGGAUUCUGGGGCUGAAGAAGAAAAGGCUGGGACAAAUUCUGUUAAAAAGCCAUCUCCCUCCAAAGCACGGAAGAAAAAGCUCAGUAAAAAAGGAAGGAAAAUGGCAGGAAGGAAACGGGGGCGGCCCAAGAAAAUGAACCCAGCGAACACGGAGCGCAAGACCAAGAAGAACCAAACUGCUCUAGAACUUCUGCAUGCCCAAACUGUUUCCCAGACAUCUUCAUCCUCUCCUCAGGAUGCAUACAAGUCACCUCAUAGUCCAUAUUACCAACUACCUCCUAAAGUGCAACGUCAUUCAUCGAACCAGCUGCUGGUGACACCUACCCCACCUGCACUACAGAAGCUGCUAGACUCUUUCAAGAUCCAGUACAUGCAGUUCAUGGCAUACAUGAAAACUCCACAGUAUAAAGCAAGUCUCCAACAGCUGCUGGAGCAGGAGAAGGAAAAGAAUGCUCAGCUACUGGGGACAGCACAGCAGUUGUUCACCCACUGCCAGGCACAGAAAGAGGAAAUCAAACGUCUUUUUCAGCAGAAACUUGAUGAGUUGGGAGUUAAAGCUCUAACGUACAAUGACCUGAUUCAGGCUCAGAAGGAAAUCUCUGUUCACAAUCAGCAACUGAAAGAACAGACAAAGCAGCUGGAGAAGGACAACAGUGAGCUCAGGAACCAGAGCCUGCAGCUGCUUAAGGCACGGUGUGAAGAACUGAAGCUGGAUUGGUCAACGUUGUCACUGGAGAACCUGCUGAAAGAGAAGCAGGCAUUGAAGAAUCAGAUUUCUGAGAAACAAAAGCACUGUUUGGAAUUGCAGAUCAGUAUUGUGGAACUUGAGAAGAGUCAAAGACAGCAGGAGCUCCUGCAGCUGAAGUCCUACACGCCCUCUGAGGAGCCACUGUCCGUUCAGCUACGCAAUAAAAACCACCUGAGCCGGGAUCCUGAGCCUGAUCACAGCAGGUUCCAGCUGGAGCUGGAAUGCUCCAAGUUUCCUCUGCCCCACAUGAAUGGCAUGAGCCCUGAACUGUCCAUGAAUGGCCAUGCUACUCCCUAUGAAAUUCAUAACACUUUCAGCAGGCCCUCUUCCAAGCAGAACACCCCUCAGUACACGACCUCUCACCUGGACCAAGAAAUAGUUCCAUGUACCCCAAACCACAGCAGCAGACAGAAGGGUGACAAGAUGACAAGCUUGUCCUUACCUGAUUACACCAGGUUUUCCCCAGCUAAAAUAGCACUAAGGAGACACUUGAAUCAAGACCAUGCAGUCAAUGGAAAAGCAACGACUAAUGAGAUACAGAGAGCUGACCAUGUCAAAGAGAAUGGCCUUACUUAUCCAACCCCUGGUAUUUCAAAUGGCAUAAAGCUGAGUCCUCAGGAAACUCGGCCCUCUUCCCCAGCAGCCUUACCAAUGGCAGGAGAGAAGGUUUUGAGAGAGAGAACCUCUGUGAGUAAUGGAGAAACUAUCACCAGCCUACCUAUCAGUAUUCCUCUCAGCACAGUGCAGCCCAAUAAACUCCCUGUUAGUAUCCCUCUGGCCAGCGUAGUCCUACCUAGCCGUGUUGAGAAGGUGAGAAGCACACCCAGCCCAGUUCAUCAGAGUAGAGACUCCUCGACACUUGAAAAGCAGAUUGGUGCUAGUUCUCAUAAUGGUGUAAGCAAUGCUGCUGGAAACAAGCCACUGGCUUUGGCUACCUCAGGUUUUUCUUACUCUUCUGGCUCCGUGGCAGUCAAUGGAAAUCUUACAAACAGCCCAGCCCAUCUUAAUCAUAGUGUUGAUCAGGCAGCUCUGGACGACUCUGGGAGUCUGUUUAACUCAGUAGGGUCUCGGAGUUCCACUCCACAACAUCCUUUGCUAAUGAUGCAGUCAAGGAACUCUGGGCAAAACUCCCCUGCACACCAGCACUCAACAAGCCCCAGGUUAAAUGGCACCUCCCAGAGCCUGGUAGGGGUUUUACAAUAUGCAGAUGCUCAGAAGAUGUUUGCCGAAGGAACAAAGGGGGAUCUUCAGUCUGAUGCAGCGUUUUCAGAUCCUGAGAACGAGACCAAGAGAAGAAUCAUCUUUACAAUCUCUCCUAAUACAGGACAUGUAAAACAAUCCCCUUCCAACAAGCACAGUCCCCUGGCCACGAGCACUCGGCUGGACUGUGGCCAAGCACACGUGCAGGACGGGAAGAAGCGCGGCCGGAGGAAGAGAUCGUCCACCGGGACCCUCGGCGGGACCUCCGGGGUCUCCCCCAAACGCAAAUCCUUGCCUGCUGUGUCUGGGCUCUUUACACAACCAUCAGGUUCACCACUCAACAUCAAUUCCAUGGUCAAUAACAUUAACCAGCCUUUAGAAAUAACAGCCAUUUCCUCUCCUGAAAACUCCCUGAAGAACUCUCCUGUUCCUUACCAGGACAAUGACCAGCCCCCAGUGCUGAAAAAGGAAAAGCCCCUCAUUCAGACCAACGGUGUCCAUUACUCUCCUCUGACAUCAGAUGAAGAGCAAGGAUCUGAAGAUGAGCACAAUAGCAGCAGAAUUGAGAGGAAAAUUGCAACAAUAUCAUUGGAAAGCAAAUCUCCACAGAAGGCUGUUGAAAAUGGUGGUGGUUUAGCUGGGAGGAAACAAGCACAAAGCAACGAGAACAUCAACAGCAGUAAAUGGAAAUCUACUUUUUCACCAAUAUCUGACAUCAACCUGACCAAAACUACAGACAGUCCUUUGCAGUCAGUUUCAUCUCUGAGCCAGAAUUCCCUGUUUGCCUUCAGGCCCUCCUCAGAGGACAGCCUUGCCAUGGAGGCCAAGCUCACAGCACACACGAGGAAGAGCAUUGCCCUGCCCUCCUCGGGGGCAGAGGGGCUGAGCCCCAGUACAAAUCCCACUAAUGGUUUCACCUACAACGGGGGACUCUCAACUGACCUGGGUUUACACAGCUUCAUGGAUGGUGCUUCUCUUCCCCAUAAGGCCUCGGACGUGACGACUUCCAACUGCUCCCUGGGUUUCCAGUCACAGCGAAGCAAAGAUGUGGGGAUGGUGGAAACCAACCCCUUCUUGAACAAGAGGCCACUGGAAGGUCUUGGCACGAAAGGAGAAGAUUUGAAUCGCUCGGGGGUCAAAGGCAAAGAGAUGAAUGAAAUGAGCAUCCGUGCUGGGGGAUCUUCAGAUAAAAACUCUUUGCAGCACAACGGAAAGGUUGGCAAAGGAAGGGACCGAGAUGUGGAGUUUAAAAAUGGCCACAACCUUUUCAUUUCUGCUGCUGUUUCGUCUGGUGGCCUUCUGAAUGGUAAAAGCCUUUCUGCUGCUGAUUCUUCAGCAGGCAACCCAGCAUCUUCUGUUCAGACACGCCAUCCUUUCCUAAACACUUUGACCACUGGAUCGCAGUUCCCGCUCGGCCCCAUGGCCUUGCAAGCAAACCUCAACUCGGUGACAAAUUCCUCAGUAUUGCAGUCCUUAUUUAAUUCAAUGCCAGCUGCUGCCAGUCUGGUCCACGUGUCAUCAGCUGCAACCAGACUGACUAAUUCUCACACUAUGGGGAACUUCUCUCCUGGGGUUACAGGUGGAACAGUUGGAGGUAACUAGGAUUUCUACCUCAACCCAAUGUGACCUAUGCAAGGACAACGUGGACCAACUUCACUCGGCUUCCACUGAAAGGUGCUCACCUGGCCUGUGCAGGGGUUUCUACUCUCUUACUACUGGACAAAAUAAAAACAUAAAAAAAGACCUAAACAACAGAGAAAAAUAUUUACUGUGAAUCUGAGUUUAAAAGAAAAAAAAAAAAAAAAAGGC